AUGGCUUCUGGUGACGUGACCUACCCUAACACGGGCAGUAAGUCAACUUGCAGCAUCAGCGAUGUUAUUACCAAGGGCCCAAUUGUCGAUAAUAUGAAGUCCGAAGCAUCCCGCACCAGCGAGGAGCUUCGCGAUCUGAAAAACUCGCGUGUGACCCCUUCGACUACCACCCUCGAUGGUCAACCAUUGACCCCCUACCACUCCUUGAUGUACAGCCUUUUGAGCUGGGAACAACCCCGUGCGACCGCCGUUUCCUACGCCAGUGUGAUCUGUUUCAUCUUCGCCGCUCGUUAUCUGCCUCUUCUCCGCUGGGUCUUCAAGUUCCUGUACAUGUCAUUGGGAUUGACCGCUACCGUCGAGAUUGCUGGCCAUGUCAUCCUUAAUCGCGGAAUCGCCAGUGGAUUCCGCCCCCGCCGCUACUACACUGUCCCCAAGGAGACCGUUGAGGCUGUCCUCGAGGACCUUGAGCAACUUGCGGACUUCUUCCUGAUUGAGUUCCAGCGCAUCCUGUUCGCUGAGAAUAUUCUCCACACUCUUUUGGCUUUUACUGCUGCUUUCACUGGCUACUGGCUGAUCCGCUUCGUUCCCUUCUGGGGCUUGGCUGUGAUUGCCGUGACCACCACAUACUUCGCCCCUCUUAUCUAUAUCAGCAACCAGGAGAUCAUUGACGAGCAGAUUGUCAAUAUCCAGGAGAUCAUCCACUCCCAGACCAACCAGCUUCGGGACAUGGCUGGCGAGCGUACCUCGCACGCCACCGGCUUGAUGAAGCAGUAUGUUGGCGAGUACAGCUCCAAGGCCCAGGGAUACAUCGGCUCCCGACGCUCUACCUCCCCGGAGGCGACCAAGAUUGUGAGCCCGAUCAAGCGUGAGACCGUUACCGAGCCCGUGAAGGCUGCGCCUGUGAAGUCUGAGCCCAUUGCCGACUCCCCUGUCCCUAUCACUGCCCCUGUUGUCGAGCCCGUCGUCAAGCACGAGGACUUCCCUGAGGCUCCCAAGGCCGCUCCUAUCGCUCAUGCUCUCGAUUCUGACAUUGUUGCGUCUGUGGAGCCGGCAGAGGAAGCAGGUGACCGUGAACCUCUUCUGGCUAUUUGA